AGAAGAUGCUUUGAAAUAAAAGCAGCUGGCUGGAUUCACGUUACGUUUCGAGCGCCUCUGGAGCUGGUCUCCACCAAACUCAAGAGACAGAUUGCUGGCCAUUCAAACAACCUGCAGGGCAGGCAGAAAGCUUCAGGCCCCUUCUCUGGAUCUCUAACCCGCUACUCAUGGACGGACACACAGUUGCUGCAGGCAGCGUUAUAGUGUCCAUGGCAGAUGAGCAUGAUGACAUCCAGACGGACCAGACCGAACAUGUUCCUGUGAAGAACCGUGUGGCUUUGUACCAGGCUGCGGUCUUCAGACAGGACAGGCCUGACACCACCUCCAGCGGGGUCAUGGAGGAAGCUGAGGUCUGUUCCCUGCCUGGAGGGCUUGCCAGCAUACGCAGACAGUUUGAGAGCGAGGACGUUUCGACCGCUCACUCGCUCACCCAGUUUCACCUCACGCACAGAUCUGUGCAGGAGGUGUCACAUUCAUCAAUGAUGAGUACGGUGAACAGCAGCGGGGGUCGACAGGUCUCGCAGCAGGUCUUCCUCCAGGAUGAAAGGGCUGCACAUAAUCAGAUCUCUCACCGAGAGCUAGUUUCCAGUUAUGAGAAUCAUAACAAUGAAUCCGAGGAGGAAGAAAACUAUCAGCGGCUCUCGACUAAAGAACUGGCACAGCAUUUUGAGAAGACUAUUGAGGAGGCCGCCCCGAGCAAGAAAAUUAAGAUUGAGCGUAACAUCAUCCGUUCACAGCUGCCAUCAGAUGUAUCCCAUCAAGCCAUGAAAAGCGAAAUAGAGAUUUUGAACACCACUGCCACAGAAAAUACAAAACCAAUCUCCUUUCCUGCUGUUGAUGAUGAAGAUUUCGAUUAUCUGCCACCACCCCCACCAGACUUACUGGAGGAACCCUCAGAAGAGAUGGAAAGUUUCCCUGAACCCCCAAAAUACCCAUCAGACUUACUGGAGGAACCCUCAGAAGAAGUGGAGAGUUUCCCUGAACCCCCAAAACAGCCAACUAAACAAACACUAAAUAAGGAGAAAUACCUCAGACAAAGAGAGUUAUUAGAACUUAAACGUCUGUGCAAACACAUUCACCCUGAGUUCAGGAAAGAUUUGGAGAUAGAUUUCUACUACGACAUCACUGGGAUGGAUGAGGACGCGGAAGCGGUCGGAGAAGUUCAGGAUGCAGCUUACCAGUUUGAGAACCCCAGCAGCAAUUCAAACAGCAGCCCGGAUCAGGAGUACGAGGAGUGGGAUGAGAUUUUCAGAGGUGAGGUGCAGUCCAUGCGCUGGAUGUUUGAGAACAAGCCUUUGGACUGCAUUAAAGAUGAUUCUUCAGAUAAUGAGGAGGAUAGCAAAAAAAUUGUUCAGCGGGAAAUCAUCGCUGGAGGUGAUGUAAGGAAUACCGCUUUAAUGUUUGAGACGCAGCCCGUGGAUACUCUGGGGCUGGAUAAUAAUUCAGCUAAACGGAAUUAUUUAGUAAACGAAGUUGGAAAAAAAGAUGUACGUGCGGCGGCCUGGAUGUUUGAAACGAAGCCAAUGGAUACGCUUAAUAAAAUACAUGCAGACGAGGAGCAAACCAAAGAAGUCAUCUUCACGCAACAAGCAACCGAAGGGGAUGUCAAGUCGGUGAGGUAUAUGUUUGAAAACCAAGAAAUGGAUUCUCUGGGUGACACAGAAACCAUGGACGAGAAGCAGCUUUUAAUCCUAAAGUCUGUGAUGGAAGAGAUCAAGUCAGAAGUAAAGAAAAUCAUAUGGCUCUUUGAGACACAAUGCACGUGUGUCAUGAGAGAGAACUCGGGUGCAAUGGUUCUUGUUACGUCCGUCCGUAGAGAAGAGACAGAGAAAGGAGACGUUAAAACGUCACGAUGGCUUUUUGACACCCAGCCUUUGGAUAAGAUCGAUCAAGACCUCUCUAAGGUUAGGCUCAUCUCAAGUAUUUCCAUGGAGGACAGCCGGAUUGGAGAGGUGAAAGCAGGAAGAUGGCUGUUUGAGACAAAGAGACUAGACUCCAUAAAUGCUCAGUGGGAAAGUCUUCAAAAUCAGCAGAAAGAAGAGAUCCUUGGGGCGGAUGUACGCAGACACUGCGAGGUUUUCGAGACCCAGCCCAUGGACACACUUAAAGAUGAUUCCAAUUCCAGGCCUGUCCCCACAGAGGAGAUUAUCGGAGGAAACGUGCGCUCCGUGAGACACAUAUUUGAAAGCGGUCCAGUGGAUGAGCUGAAAGAACUGCCUGAGGUGGGCAAACUUAAAAAAAGGGUGGGAAUCGAAGAAGAAAAAGGUGAUCUUAGACACCAAAACUGGUUGUUUCAAAAUAAACCUUUGGAGAACAUCGAAGAUGAAGAUGAUCAGAUAGGCCGACUUAAGAAAACUGUAACAUCAGACGAAGAAAAAGGUGACGUAAGACAUCAAAGAUGGCUGUUUGAGAACCAGCGUUUGGAAGACAUUAGAGAGGAAACGAAAGAGUUUAUCAAAACAAUUGACACUGAACAAAUCGAUAGAAGUUACAGGGGUGAUGUACGCAGAAAUUGCUGGGUGUUUGAGACGCAACCGAUGGACAUUUUAAAGGAUGAUUCAAAUGCCAGACCUGCGGACGCAGAAGAAAUAAUUGGAGGUGAUGUUCAAUCUGCCAGACAUUUUUUUGAAACUGCUCCAAAUGAUGAAAUGAAAGAGCUCGCAGAGGUGGGGAAGCUCAAAAAAACAAUGACGUCCGAGGAGAGAGGGGACGUUCGACACCAAAAGUGGCUAUUUGAGAGCCAACCGCUGGAGAAGAUCAGUGAGGAGAAAAGAGAAAUAACAAGAUCUGUGAAUGUGGAGGAUCUCGAAAAUGUAGAUGUAAGCAACUACAAGCAAAUAUUUGAAACUUACGAUUUGAGCCAGCAUGACGAAAAACAAAAGAUUCAAGUUGAGGGUGUCACCACUGGGUCUGUGAGAUCAAAUAAAGAUCUGUUUGAGUCCAUGCCUUUAUAUGCACUACAAGACAGCUCGGGUCAUUAUCAUGAAGUCAGAACAGUACGUAGAGAAGAAAUUGUCAAAGGAGAUGUGAGAAGCUGUCAGUGGAUGUUCGAAACUCACGCUAUUGACCAAUUUGAUGAGAGUAUUGCCAAAUUUCAGAUCAUCAAGGGCAUUACCCAACAAGAAGUAGAAUCUGGUGACGUAAAGACAGCAAAAUGGCUUUUUGAAACCCAGCCUCUCGAUGCUAUUAAGUAUUUUAGCAAUAUUGAAGAUGAGGAACAGGUAACUAGAGAAACGACAGAAAUAGUAAAAGGUGAUGUAAAAACCUGUAAGUGGCUUUUUGAGACCAAACCUAUGGACAUGCUAUAUGAAAAAGAAGAGUUGAGGAGUGAGAAAGACAGCGAAGUUCGAAAAGGUGAUGUGAAGACAUGCACUUGGCUCUUUGAAACGCAAAAGCUGGACAACAUGCAGGAGAACUCAGAAACCGUGUUAAAAACUCGGACUGUGAAUCAAGAGGACAUUCACGGGAAAGAUGUAAGCAUGGCACGUGUUUUGUUUGAGACGGAGAACCUUGAGAACAUUACCGGUGAAGAAACAGGGGCCUUCAAGAGUGUGACCGAGAUAGAUAUUCAGUCAGGGGACGUGUCCCGGAUGAAAUACAUAUUUGAGAACCAAUCUUCUGAAGUGAUGAGCUCAACCUCGGAGGAUUUCAUGAGACAGCUGAGGAACACUCAAGCUGAUGAUAUACAAAAAGGAAAUGUUGAAAACUGCAAGUGGCUAUUUGAAAACCAGCCCAUAUAUGCAAUCUCAGAUACAUCUGCUGAGCUGAAAGGAACACGCACGGUACAAGAUAUUCAGGGAGGGAAUGUUGAUAAAGGCAGAUUAAUUUUUGAAACUCACUCAUUAGAUCAGAUUCAGGAUGAAUCUUCUGAGUCUGAAAUAGGAAAACUGCAGAAAGUUGUGCGGGAGGAUGAGGAGAAAGGAGAUGUGAAAACAUACGCCAUGAUGUUUGAGACUCAGCCUCUCUAUGCCAUUCAGGAUAAAGAAGGCCAUUACCAUGAAGUGACUACACUUACAAAAGAGGAGAUACAGAAAGGUGAUGUGGUUGGAGCCCGCUGGCUAUUUGAAACUAAGCCUCUGGACUCAAUUAGAGAAACAGAUGAGGUCUACCUCUUAAAGGCUGUUACAGAAGAAGACAUCCAAAAAGGUGACGUCAGCUCAGCGAGGUGGAGGUUUGAGACCCAACCUCUCGAUACGAUCGCAGAAGAUGUGAAAAUAUUGAAUAAAACUGUGGAAGACGUUCAAGGAGGUGAUGUUAAGACAAACAAAGAGCGUUUCGAGUCUGAUGAUUCUCAAAAGUUGGUACGUACUGUUAGUAUGAGUGAAAUUCAUAAAGGAGAUGUGAGGACAGCAAAAUGGAUGUUUGAAACUCACACAAUCGAUCAGAUCCAUGACGAAAAUUCAGCAGAUGAGAUGAAGACUGUUGUCAUGAACGAACAGCUGAAGGGGGAUGUUAAACAGUCUGUGUGGCUAUUCGAAAAGAAUCCACUCGAUCAUUUGAAAGAAAGUGAUGAAACUAAACCAGUACAGCGUGAAGAAAUCCCCAAGGCAGACGUGAAAACGACAACAUGGCUUUUUGAAACCACUCCGUUCACUGAAUUUAAUGAGAGCAGUGUAGAGAAAACUGAAAUCAUUGGUAAAAGUGUAAGAGCGACACUUGAUGAACUGUACACACAGAGAAUGGUGGAUUCCAAAGGCAUCAUCAUAGAGGCAGAUGAAAUUGGAGAUGUUCGUAUGGCUAAAUACAAUCUAAUGAAUAAAGAGGCUCCCCAGAUCCAAAAAGAAGAAAUCAUUAGAGGAGAUCUACAAAACAUCAUGAUGAACCUCCUCAACAGACAGGAGAAAAUUGAGAAGGGAGUCAUUGUAAAUGCAGAGGAGAGAGGAGACAUCAACAGCACCGUGAACCAGCUGUUUCACCAGCAAAGUGGCACCACAGUGGAAAAAGAGGAGAUAAUAAGAGGUGACAUUGAAGAAGCCUUGAACAAUCUGCUUAAAGAGGAGAGCACAGCAAAACGGGGUAUUCUGAUUCAAGAAGACGAAAAGGGAGACAUUCGUAUGACCAUCUACUCUUUAUUUAAUUCACAUGAGGAAUCAAGCAAUAUGAAAGAAGAUAUAGUCAAAGGGAAUGUGAAGGGGUGCCUGGAGAAACUUUGCAAUCCAGACACAGAGGGGAUUGUGAAAAUUGAAGUGGAUGAAUCAGAAAAAGGUCAUGUGAGAUUUUUUUCAACGUGCAUCGAGUCAGGUUCCCUGGAUUACCUCAAAAACCUGCAGCUCGAGCCGGAUGAGGCCGAAACGGGUAAAAUUGAAAAAGAGGAAAUCAUCGGAGGUGAUAUUAAAGGAAUGAAACGCAGUCUGACACUUAAUCAAGCACAAAUCGGUCGUCUGGUCGACAGAGAGGAUAUAGUCCCGGGUGAUGUUCAUAAUGCAGUCAAAGUUUUCAUGACUGAGCCUACUGUCUCAUUUGAUCAUUUAGAGAAGGAGAUUGUUAAAGGAGACCUGCAAGCUGCUAUGAACUCACUGUCACGCUCUAUAAACCAGUCGGUUGUUCUGGAGAAAGAAGAGGUUGUUAAAGGUGAUAUACAUACAACCCUGAGGUCUCUAGAGGAAGCCCAAAAUCAGCCCAAAGAAGUGGAAAAGCAAGAAAUCAUUCCUGGUGAUAUCAAAGGAGCACUAAAAUCGCUCAAAGACUCGGCCUCCACCAAGGUGGAAGUUGUCGUGGAAGAUUUAGUGCCAGGUGACAUCAAAGGUAUGUUAAAAUCGCUGGAGGAGGCCAAGCGUGCAGUUAGAGAGGUAGAGAGGGAAGAGAUAGUAAAGGGGGAUGUUCAUAUGGCAAUUCAAAGCUUACAAGAAGCUUCAAAUGAGGUUAAAGUUUGCCAGCAGGAGAUUGGUGUCCAGGGGGAUGUGAAAGGUACGAUUCAGCUCUUACUCGAACCUCCUUCCUCUCCCAGAAUGCAACGCAGGGCGAGCACAGAGGGUGAUGUGAAGCUGUCCAUAAAAUCACUCUAUGAGACCCAAGAGCAAGUUCAAUCAGAGAAAGAAGAUGUGAUAAAAGGGGACGUUAAGGGCACGAUAAAGUCCUUAAUGGAAACAGCGCAGCGAGCGAGCCCAACGAUUCCCCGGAGGCAACCAAUAAAAAAGGUCAAAGUUCCCAUCAAAACCCAGCCUCCAUCAGAGAUGCAGACACAGAAGCCCACCCCUGCAGUUAAAAAUCUUAAUAUUAGCAGUGAGUUUCAGAAAAACACCAGAAAGCAUGCUAAAUCCAUGCAAAACAAAUAUACGUCUCGGGAGAGCAAAACCAUCACAGGUCAAACUACAACAUGCAGCCAGGAGACAAAGACCACAGUGUUGGAACACAAAACAAUAGUUCAGACACAUGGUGUCAAAACUUUAAAGACGGACUUCCGUAACCUCAAAAGCAGCCGCAAGGGUUUAAUCAGACUGGAUAAAACGAAAUCAAAGCAGCAGGAAAUCUAUCUGCCACCUCCACCAUCUGAGCCCGAACCUCCUUUGCCACCUCCUCCUUCACCUUCUCCAGAUUACGAUAGCAUUUGCUUUCCCACUCCACCGCCGAGCAUCAAAGGUGAUCAUGAUCUUCCUCUUCCCCCCACUCCUCCUCCGAUUUGUGGUCCUGCAAAGUCAGAUCUUGAUCAUUUCCCCCUUCCACCAACCCCACCUCCUCCUCCAGCCGACUCUGAGCAUGACCUCUUACCUCCCCCUCCCACCGAGCAAGAGCUAGAUCUCCUGCCUUUACCCAACAUAACACCAGCCAAACCUACUAAAAUGACUGUCAAACCUGUCAAAGCUCCAAAGUUGUGCAAAGUACCCAAGCUUGAGCCAGCAAUAUCCUAUGAUAAAAUAGACAUACAGGCUGCAAAAGUGACCAAGCACAAGGAAACAGUGACAAAUGUCAGCAAAAAGCUGACUCAGAGCACAACCUCAUCAGUCAAGUCCACGCUUAUUUCCUCUGACAUCCAGUCGGCCCUUAUGAAACAGCCGCCCGAGUCUCCGCGGCCUCCUAAGAAAGUUUUUGCUCCCUUGAUGCUCACCCCACCUGCCUCUCCACCACCAAACAAAUCCACAGUAAGCAAAUUCAAAACCCCAUUAAUACAAGCAGAACAGAAGUACAGAGAGCAAAGGGGAGACAGCUGCACGCCGCCACGCUCCCCUGCUUUUGAAAUCCACAUGCACGAGUCAGUCAGCGCAGCUCUUGAAAUGCUUUCUUCAGAGAGUGUGAGCGCGGCACGAUCAGAAGCAGGCAUAUCAUUUGAUUUCAAUCAAAGCAGUGUGACCAAAUCUGAAUCUGCCACAGAAUCGUAUGAUUCACUCAUGCUGGCUCUCACAGACGCUCCCUUGAGCAAGGAUUUGAUCACUGCCACAAAUGAGAAAUCUCCUUUAGAAUCUCUUCUUAUUUCCUCCGACAAACCAAAAAUGACUUCUAAUCAAUCAUUGCAGUCAUCUUCUGGUAAACCGCAGAUCACCACCACAUCUACUAAAAAGAAAAAGAAGAGAUCCGUGACCACCAAUGUACAACAGGUUACAUCUGUUACUCAGACAAAGACGGUUAUUAACAAUACAACAGGUAUAAAGGCUGCUGUCGAAACAGAUAAACCUCAAAGUGACUCUAAAAAUGUAUCUGUUCAUGAAUCCACUGAGGCUGUAGAAAAACACACAGAUGUCAGUCAAGCUAAAGAGAAGAUGGAGGAGAAAACAAGUGAGAAAACCUCCCCUGAUCGAUCCAAACCUAAGAAAGAAAGUCAGAAUAAGGAUGCUGAGCAGAAAGUGCAAAAGGCCGACAGUCAAAAAGCAAAGAAAGUUAGCAAGAGUGUCAAGUUAGACAGCAAGGAGAAAACUACAGUGGAGCAGACACAGAGUUUAAAUGUAAUGCAGGAUAAUGUCCAGGUGACAAAGAGCAGAGAAAGAAGCCCGACUGAGAGUAAAGUAGAGAAAGAGACCAAAGAGAAAACAGAGGAGCCACCCGCCAUGCCAAAGAAGAAGAGGAGGAAUAAAAAUAAGAAGGAGAAAGAGGCAACACAGCAAAGCAACACAGCUGGUGCUGUAUCUGCUGUAUCUACAUCUCUCGCAGAGGCCAAGCCUGCUGAGUCUAAAUGUCUAAUCUUACCAGAUAAUAAUGAACAAGAGGAAAGCACUGUUGUACAAACACAGCAGACCGCUCAUGAGGGACACCCAGAGGUUUACGAGGAGGUCAUCGUAACUGAAAGUUCAGUCCAACAGCCGAGUUUUCAGGAAAGCCAGGAAAAUGAAAAUCUUCUAGUAGAAACAACAAACAAAUCUGCAGAAAAGCAAACCGCUGAGUCCUUGGCACAGAGCUCCGCUGCAUCACUAAAAGAAGAUGAAGCCCAGAAGAUAUUGUCUCAUAUCACAGAUUUACAGGAAGUUAAAGGAAAAUUUGACUUUAAAUCUGUUAAGACUUUGCUUAAUGAAAUGCCAGCCUGCCUUCUUGGACCGGAAGAGAAGAGUGAAUUGGAAGGCGCAGCGUUAGAGCACAACGAACAGAAACUGAAAGAGCAUCUCGCUCAUGUUAAAAGUCUUAUUCAAGCUAUGUACUUCGAUGGUGACACCACCUCUAUUGAAAAGCACGAAUGUGAAGCCACGUCAGAAACGAUUGUCUCUGAAGGAGCAACGCAAAGGAUUUCAAAGAUUACCAUUGGUUCUACGAAGUGUGAAACGCAAAAGACAGUUGAGGAAGAUGUGAAGACAACACGAAAACGCAAAAAGCAGAAAACCAAUGCCAUUAAAAGCCUCGACCCCAGAGCCCCAUCCCCUCUCUUACGAAUGCGUUCCCCUUCACCCACAUUUAUAACCAUCGAGUCCAAAAAAAGAACGGACUCCCCACAAAGAACGGCUCCGCCACCUUCUCCAACACCCCCGACGCCUCCGCCUCGCAGGUCUGAGACGCCUCGCUUAAGCAGAGCUUCUCCAGCGCCUUCUUCGAACAGGGCAGAUAGUCUGACCCGUCUCAGAAACGCCACAGCUACGCUCUCUCGUGGGGCAUCACCCGACCCGGUUGCUUGCAUGGUACAGGUCUGUGGAAAGAAAGCUGAAAUUGUAGAAUCUCCUGUCACGUUUCAUCGGCAGAUUAAAAUCGAUUGUAAACCCGCUGAAGACAAAAAUGUUCAGGAAGAGACAAUAGAGGCUUGUGAAAAGGAGGUGGUGACAUCACGAGUAUCUGAAAAAGCUCAUAAAGUGAAAAAGAAAAAUAGCAUUGAUGUUUCUGAGCAUUCAAGUCCCAACACAGAUCACACAAAUUUGGAAAGUGCAAUAAAAGAGAAGGAAAAUCUGUGUUCAGGCAGCGAGAUGAAAAUAUCAGAAGAGAAAGUUAUUAAAAUAGACCUAAUUGACAAAACAGAGAAACUUGGCAAUGAAACUGAUGACCUGGAGCUUGAAACGGAGAAUAAAGCGAGUCAACAAGAGGAUGCGCCUGCUUUCAACAUCAAUGAUAUUAAAAAUGUAUUUGAAAUGGGUGAGCAAAGUUCCCCCAUCAAAGUGCUGGAAAACAAACAGGAGGAACAAGAGUCAAGAGUGAGUCAAAUUGCAUCUGAAAGUUCAAAGAGCGAGCUUUCUCUCGAGAGUGAACGAUGCUCCCAGCGCAGCUCCCCUUCGUCUACACGCAGAGACGACACGUCUGUCAAUCCGACAGGCUUUUCGGAAACAAAAACAGUCACUGAACAUUAUUCAUCUGGUACGAAAGUUGUCGAAUCAAAAAGCACUACGAUGGUUUCCAUGCAAACUCAAAGCAUAACAUCGCAUCGGGUGCCUUUCUCGUAUGCCGAUGCCGUAAAGAAAACGACUGCAGAGGAGAAGGCGACACCCGAGGCCUCUGCAGAGGAACUCAUGAAAAACUUUCACAAGACAUGGACGGAAAGUGAAAGCGUGUUUAAAAGCUUAGGCGUCACAGAUUCGAGUACCAAAGUCGGAGAUGUGUGCGGUGUGCAAGAAGAGGGUUUAUCCCAUGGAAGGCCUGAUAGCAGACAAAAAGAAAUUCCAUAAGUCCUGUUUUUUCUGUGAACAAUGUAAAAAUAAAUUGAGCCUUGGAAACUUUGUCUCCCUCCAUGGACAUUUAUACUGCCAGCCACAUUAUAAGCAACUCUUCAAUUCUACUGGGAAUUCCGAGGAAGGAUUCGGACAAGGAUUGCAGCGGGAUUUAAUGGCCACCCGGAAUGCGAGAAAUAUUGGAGACUGGAGACAUUCGCUCUCACAAAGCAGCAUCUGGUCGCUGACGGACACGUUUGAAAACGCAACAAAUAAACCGGAUGAGAAACUCUGUCAAAACCCCAACAAAAUGUCUGUCGUGUGGCCCCCAUCAAAAACGACUCCGGAUAGGAAAUUAGUGAAACUGGUUUGGCCCCCAAAGAGCGAAACUUCAAAAUCUCCAAAACACCAGAGACGGAAACCAUCCGAGAGGAGCACACUUUAGGAGGAAUGAAGCGGAGAGAGAGAAGAACUGGAGGAGCGAGGGAAUCUGUCAGGACAACAUGAAAGAUUGUGGAGACUUUAGAAACAGAAAAGCACAUUACAAUGAUGAAGAGCUUUGAAUGCAGGGUGAGAAUCUCGCUCUUGGAUGGAUAGAGAAAGGUGGAGAGAAAGACAAUGGAGGUGAAGAGGUAACAGGAAGUUGAUAAGGAUUGUGAGAAAUGACAAAUGUGAUGUAUAUUCAGUUGAAGACAUUUUAGCCCCCUUGGUAAAUAUGAGCAAAGAAAGAUGGGAAAAUAACUUUGCAUUGUUUCUCCUUUUUAUCUUUUAUUUAAAAAAAUCACCAGAAUAAAUUGUUUCAUUUGAUGAAAAAUAUUUGAAAGUGGAGGGAUCACAUCAUAAAAUUUUUUUUUCUCAAAGCCACAAUUAUUGCCCCCAUCAUUUAAUCCUCUUUUCUACCCUCAUUUGCAAGCAUACCAGCUCAGAGUCUUGUUUUAUAAUGUCUGAUGAAGUUGAAGUAUUCAUGGCAAGUGAUCUUACAUUAUUCCUUCAUACAGAAUUUAUCCAGACCCUUCAUAUGUUGCUGCUCUCUACAUUUCAGUCAUUUUCUGUAUGGUUCAGGAACUGGGAUGGCUUUGGCAGAACCUUGAUUUUGUGCUCAGUGGCUCAUUUUUUGUUAAUUUUGAUGUUUGUUUUAAACCAAUUUUUGAUGGAAGAUUUAACCAUGACCCAUUAUUAGAUUUCUAGCAAAGCAAGCCAGGUUUUGACUUUUCUGUUGUAUUUGAUAUACACUGCAAAAAAUUAUUUUUAAGAAAAAAAUUCUUAGUAUUUUUGUUUUGUUUUCAGUAAAAAUAUCUAAAAAUUCUCAAAUUAAGAUAAAAAUAAGUCUAGUUUUUAGACCAAAAAUAUUGAAUUUAGGUGAUUUUGUGCAUAAAACAAGCAAAAUAAUCUGCCAAUGGGGUAAGCAAAUUUUUCUUGAUUUUUUUCUUGAAUUUAGUGUUUAAGAAAAAUUUCAAGAUUUUUUUUGCUUACCCCAUUUGCAGAUUUUCUUUGCUUGUUUUAUGCACAAAAUCACUUACAUUUGAUAUUUUGUAGUAUAAAAACUAGACUUAUUUUCUUGGGUUGUUUUGCUCAUCAAGAAAAAGCAUCUUUAUUUAAGAAUUUUUAGAUAUUUUUACUGAAAACAAGACAAAAAUACUGAGACAUUUUUUUCCUGAAAAUCAUUGUUUGCAGUGCAGGAACUUGGUUACAAAAUUAGGUUCAAAACAAUUAAGGUCCGGAGGUAUAUUUAACAGUAGACAUGGAGCACAAGUUUGGUAUUUUACACUUAAAGCCCUGUUUUCAGAUUGUUUAUGAUGAAAUAGAACGGUUUUGACUGAAAUUUGGACAUAUGAUGCUGUCCCGAGAAUUUUUGGGUGUGCAGCAAUCUCUACAAUGGCUGCAUAAGUGUACUGGAACAAUCCUUCCUAAAAUGCAUUAAACUUUCAUUUACAAAGACGUGAAACUCAUCGAGUGGUCAGGGGUGUUCACUGAUAUGCCCAGAUAAAUUGGCCCACAUCCUUUCAAUUGGCAAAGGCGGAUUAUCGCCACCAACUGGGCUGGAGUGUCUAUUAUUCAAGCUCUCAACGGAAGAAUAUACGGGUGUGAGGCGUUUGGAAAAAUAGGUCCACAAGUUUACAAGAAUGCUAAAACACCUGUUGGAAAGCAUCUUUUGCAGCGAUUUUUUUGUGAGCAUAUCAGUGAACACCCCUGACCACUCUUUGUAAACGAAAGUUUAAUGCAUUUUAGGAAGGAUUUUUCCAGUGCACCUAUACCAACUCUCAUAUAUAUAUAUAUAUAUAUAUAUAUAUAUAUAUAAAAAUAGGCUUGUCACCUAUAAAUAAAACAGCUUAAUACCUUUACACAUUUAAAACAGCAUAUUUACUUCACCGUUUCAGCAGAACAUGAAGUAGACUCAGAUGAUAUGGAUGGCACAUUUUCUUCUUCUCGCUCAUCUUUCCGUGCUUUUUUGAAAAAGCGUAAUAUUGUACUUUGCGCGCCAGCUGCCAUUGUCACCAAAUAUUAAUAAUCUCUCAUGCAAAGAUGACAGCAUAAGUUACGCACAACAACACGUAACAUGGAAAUCUGAGGGGGCGGACAUGUAAAUGAGGGGGCCAAGGCCCACCCAGGCCCCCUCGUGGCUACGCCCCUGUUGUAGAGGUGGUGGGGUGAUACAACAGAAACCGAAAAUUCUCAGGCCAACAUCAUAUGUCCAAAUUUCAGUCAAAACCGUUUUAUUUCAUCAUAAACAAUCUGAAAACAGGGCUUUAAGUGUAAAAUACCAAACUUGUCCUUUAAUCCCUGUGUGCACCAAAGCCAUCUUGUGUCCUUGCAGCAUUUUCAUAUAGCCGCAAAACCCAGUCCUGUUUAAAGUUCCAGUAUGGCAAAUUAAUAUACUGCAGUUUGUUUUUGCAUGAGAACAGAUGAUUUCAUGAUAUCUUGUGGUGAUGUUUUCCUUCCUUCAUUUAUUUAUUUGAAAGCUUUUUGACCCAAAGAUUCUACUGAUUUCUUCAUCUGUGAUCCUUGGAUAGUCUUUGUCUACUCAAGUUAUUCUCCUUGCUGAGAAUUAAGAUGCUAUAGACCCACGUCCUCUUUCAGGCAGAUUUGCAACAUCUCCAGUCGAUUUAAACGUCUUCAUUAUUGCCGUGAUUGUGGAAAUAGAUGUUUCUAUGGUUUUAAACCCCCUAACCUAGAAAAUGCACUUAAAUGUGUUUCUAGCAGAAAAUGAGUCGCCUGUGUGUGCAGAAACAUCCUGUUAUUAUACAAAUCUAUCUUUGUGUAAUCUCCUUUAAACCCAAACAGCCACACAAAACAGGCUGUUGGGAAUCCGCUAUCAAUGUGAUGUCAUUGAGAAACAUUGUGGAUUUAUUUUCACAGCUUUUUUGCUCAUAUUUACCAAGGGGGGCAAUAUUUUGGUCAAAAACUGUAUAUUUAUAUAUAUAAAGCAGGAUCAGAAGGUUUGUAUGUUGGAAGAAAGUGCAAAAUGAAAGUGAAAUAAUGAAAGGACAUUAAAUAUGUAAAACUGUUGAAUCAGCGAAAUUAAUCCAAACUUUGAACUCAUGAAUAAAUCUCAGCAAAACACUGAGGUGAAAAUUAACUUCAAAAUCAAAAGCACAAAAUAUACAAUUACCUUUUGUUUAAAAGAAAAUGACCACUUUUUAGGACCAUUAGGACAUUUCUUCAUAACAAAUUAACAUGCCAGUACUUUCUUUUGGUUUUGAAGUAAUAUGUGACCUAAGCAAGAUUCACCUUCAUAAAGGAAAUUUAGUUAAACUCCAUUAAAAUGCACAAUUUAAGGGCUGUAAUUUGAAUGUUUUGAUAUUGCAAAAGUUAAAUACGUAAAAUGGUGGGAUUGAAUUGUCAGGUGCCAAAUUUGUCUUUGCCAUUUCUCUACAAACUUCAGUUCUUAAAUGGAUGUUGUAUUCAAAAUUAGUCGCAGCUUUUCUCUUGGAAAUGCUUUAGUAUUUAUUUAUUUUUUUUGCAUUAUGCUUCAUAAAGUUCAUGGAGGGAGGACAAUUUAAACACUAAAUUGUACUCUUUUGAUUCACAUCCCUAUAUUUUUGUAUGCUUUAUAUGGUUAUAAUAUAUACUGAGGAUUCCUAAAACAUUCUGCCUUUGAAAGCACCUGGAGUGCCGUGUGGACAGAAGAUGAACGAAACACAUUUGUAAAUGUGCUAGAAUCUCUUUUUAUGUUAAUGUCCUUUUCCACACAGAAGCAAUUUUGUGAGGAGCAUUAUAUUUUUUGACUUGUCUUCUGUAAUUUGUACUGAACAAUCCCUGAUGUGUAAAAUGAAUCAGGCUGGUUCAUGAAGAGGUCUUGCUAAUUUAUUGAUUAAAUAACAAUAAAGAAGUCUUGAUGAUCGUUUCUGCA